GCCUCAGACGUCUUCGUCAUGCGGGUGCUGCUGGAGGAUUCCGGGGAGAUGUUCCGAGUGACAGGCUGCCGCAGCGACAUGACGGUGCGGGAGCUAGAGGAGCUGGACCUAAUAGCCGGCAUCCCCUUCAACCUCCAGCGGCUCCGGUACCUGGACCAAGGAAUUCUGAUGGAUGCCGCUACGCUGAAGUUCCACGAUGUUCCUGGUGGAAUUAUUUCAUUAUGUAUCUGGCAUUGUGAUGGAUGGAGGGAACUGGGUUUGGCGGCCGUGGAAGGGGAUUCCAGUAAGCUGUCUCGCCUCGGCGUUGCCGAAGAUUCUUUCCGCAAAACAGCACACGCGCAGCAUUUUGAUGACAAGCGGUGGAAGAAGUGGAUGUCUCAGAGAGCGUUCGUGGCGCUGUAUGUUGCCUCACACAGGGCGCACUCGGAGGCUGUUCAGUGCCUUCUAGAACACGGUGCCAACUGUCAGGGCAGAUCCCCCGUGAGCAAGACGCCCCUGCACGUGGCUGCAGCCAGGAGCUGGCUGGACUGUGUCAGCCUCCUGCUCAAAUAUGGGGCCUCCAUCGACGACAGAGAGGCCAAGGGGGAGACGCCCAUGUCCCUCGGCUGCCGCCUGAACCGCAGCCAGAGCAGGCGGCGGAUGUUCCUCUUCUCCUGGGUGGUGAAGCUGGGGACAAAGGACCCGACGGGCCCUGUCGUGAACAAGGCUUUGCAGAGAGUCAGGUCUGCGUUUGGACCCGAGGAGGAGAACAAAACGUAGCUCCACCUGGGAAUGUUUGCAUGUCAGCUCUGACUUGGGGUAACUUUCCUGAGUUCAGAUCCACGGUGGCCAGUGGCUUUGGGUGAGGAGGAAGGCUGGGAAACGUGGCAGUUCCUCUGAAUCAGACACGAAGCCCUCUGUCCUAUUUGCAAACGACUUGAGGAGGGUAUUGAUGGAAGUGGGUGAGUUUGUGUUCAUUUCCUAAAUCCAUCACAGACCUAACGGGCUCCCAUGCCAGCCUUUAAUGUUGAGCUAUUUGUUCCUUGUAUCCAGUAACGCGGCUUGGGGUGAUGGGAACCAAUUACCUUCUCUCCCGUCUGGACACCAUCUAAUGCAUCGGCAUAAUAGGGGUAAUAGCUGUGAGGAGAGUAGCUCUGUUGUUACGGUACAAAACCUGCGCAGGCAAACGUCACCAGGUCGUGGGCGGUGUGACCUGUGAAUUUCAGUUUGUAAAAUUCAUGGCACUAGAUGCUCCCUAAGCUAGAAAUGUUCCAGAAGUUUUCCUGAACCUUCCUGGAGGGGUCUGCUGCCUGACUCUGAGGUGGGGCUGGGGGAGAAGCCAGGCUGACCUGGGGGGCAUCUAAGAGCUUGGUUCUCCACAGGGGCGCCUGGUUACUCUUGGCGAAAGGUGAUAAGCUGGCACUGGAUUUGGAGGAGACGGUGUAAAAGAUGAGGAGGAGUUCAUAAGGGAGAGGAUUCGAGCUGGCAGCUCCUUUUUUCCUUUUGUCCCAUCCCCAAAGGUCCAAGCACCCCCCUCCCGCUAGCUUUCUCCUUUCCUGCUAGAACUGGGGUAGCUCCCAGCAUCCCUACUGUGGGGCAGUGUCUAUGCUGAACUCUGGGCUCGACACCCACAAAAGCGGCCCUGUGGGUGAGUGAGCUGGGGGUGGGAGCCGAGAGGGAGGGGUGAGGGCUGGGGCGGACUGACAGGCCCACCCUUGUCUGAAGGGGGCCCCGUGGCUCAGCUGUAGCACAAAGGUGAGCCAAAGGCAGCUAGAUCUUUGCAGAGCUUCCCAGAGCUGGAAACCUGGCUUGUUGAUCUCAGUCCUGAUGUUUAAGCGUUGGCCGGAAUUAUUUUACGAUCGGCGUACGGAACGAAAGGAG